AUGUCCAUCGCCCAGGCGGCGGCCAAGGCCAUGCUAUCUGAUGCCCUGCUGCAGGACAGCCCUGGGAUAAACCGGAUCAACCACCUGGAGCUGGAGCUUCCUCUGGACAAGGUCAUCAAAUUUGUGUCUGUGGGUCUUCCGCUGGUUCUGGUCUGCAUGGCCUUCGCCCGCGAGAUCUCCCUGGGGCCUCAGAUCAGCUGUUUCCCUCCCAGCAAUUUCACCAUCAAGCAGGCCAGCUAUGUAGACACAUACUGCUGGGACUCUCUCAUGCAUCACGAGUUUGACAGCGAUGGGAACUUUGAGGAGCGCUCUCUCUGGGUACACAAAAUGUUCCCUUACUCGCUUCUGGCCAUGGCGGUGCUAAUGUACCUGCCUGCGCUGAUCUGGCGCCAGCUCGUCAUGCCCACGCUGAGCUCCGAUCUGCUCUUCAUAAUUGACGAACUAGACAAUUCGUACAACCGCUCCAUCCGAAUGGCCCAGAGCAUUCUGGAUAUGCGCCAACUCACUAAGAACCCGCUCACAUUUCAAGCUGAGCUGCAGAGGGCCAAGAAGAAGCGCUACUUUGAGUACCCCCUACUGGAGAGAUACAUGAAGUGCAAACAAAACUCCUACUUCCUUGUUAGCAUGCUUUUCUUGCGUGGCUUCCUCCUGCUGACUUUCAUGACAGCUGCCUGUCUCUACCUCGCCUACUUCCACCUCUCUGCCUUCCUCCAGGAUGAGUUCAGCUGCUUUGUCCGCACAGGCAUGCUGCGUGAUCAGAACUGGGUUCCUGAACUGGUCCAGUGUAAAAUGAUUGGCCAGUUAGUCUUUCAGGUGAUAAGCGUUGCCAAUGGCGCCAUCUAUGUCCUGCUGGCGCCCAUCGUCCUCUUCAGCCUGAUACGACUCUUUGUGUGGGACACCACCUUUAUCUCCAUCUAUGAGGUUCUCCCAGCCCUGGAUCUCCUCAAACGCGGUCGGUUGGGAUGCCCCCUGAAUGAUCUCAACGUCCUCCUGCUCUUCCUGCGUGCCAACGUAGCCCACCUGAAGUCCUACGGGAAGGUGAGGGCAUUGUGCUCGCUGGCACCUCCGCAGGUUGGCAACGCUACGCCAGGGCAAGGCUUAGGUGCAAUGCUGAGCCAGGAGGAGAUGGAAGAACGUGAGGAGGCUGCUAUGGAGCUGGCAGAGGAGGUGGAGGAAGCCAAAGAGGAGGGGAAGCUAAACCUGGUGGAUAUCAUGACUAUUCUGGGAGCAGCACAGGGAAGAGUUGUAAACUGCAGCGAGCAGAGGCCUCUGGUCGAGGAGAAUAUGAGUCUCGGUACUGUAACACUUAUCUACACACUCAAACGCAUUCUGCUUGUGGUUAUUUUCAUCUACAUCAUUUGGGAUGUUCAGAAAAUUAUUAAGUGA